AUGGCGAAGAAGGGAAAGAAGAACCAGCAGAACUACUGGGAUGAGGAGUACGCGGAGGACUCCCCCGAGACCGCGGAGGAGGUCGGAGCGCCUGCACCAGAGAGUGCCGGUGGCGAUGCAAGCCCUGCAGAGGCGACUGCUGAAGAAGAAGUCGCUGAAGGUGACUUCAUGGCUGCUUUGAAGCAGUCGAAGAAGAAACAGGCGACGAAGGAGGACGCGAAGCCGCUGCUGAAGUCGAAGAAGGAGAAGGAGAAGGAGAAGAAGGAGCUAGAGAAGCAGAAGAAGAAAGAACUCGCAGCGAAGAAGAAGGCACAACAGCAGUCGCAGAAGGAGAAGAACAAAGAGCUGCAGAAGCAGAACGCGGAGAAAUUGGCGGCCGCCAAGAAGGGCAAAGAUACUGGGGCUGGUGAACAGCCUGCAAGUAGUGGAAGCACUCCCGCUGGUACCGCGGCGAAGAAACCGGCUAAGAAAGUGCCCGCUGGUCUUGCAGCUCUUCGGAAACAGUUGGAGCUGAAGAAACAAUUGGAAGAGGAGGAACGUUUGGCCAGAGAGGAGGAGGAGAAGGCCGAAAGGGAGGAAGAGGAGAGACUCGCCAAGCAAGAACAAGAGAACGAGAAAAUCAGACAGGCUAAGAAGGAGAAAGAGAGAGCGAAGCGUGAGAAGUUGAAAUCCGAGGGGAAACUUCUGUCCAAGAAGCAAAAGGAGGAGAAGAAACUUUUGGAAAGAAGAAGGGCCGCACUUUUGGCCUCCGGUAACGUCAAAGUGGCCGGUCUCUCCAAGAAGGAGGAUGACGACGAGGAGACCGCUAAGCCAAAGAAGGUUGUUUACGGGAAGAAGAAGAAGAAGUUCGCGGAAGAUCACCUUGCUGAAUCCCGCGAGAACGCUGCCACUGGGAAAGCGGACGAUAAAUCUCAAUCGUCAGGUGCCGCCGCCGUAGGUGAGGACGUCUUGAUCGACGAUUGGGAGAAUCUGGACCUGGGUGACGAUGAGCCAGUCGAGGAGAACGAUUACGAGGAAGCGACAACUUCUGCAUCUCCAGCUGCCGCGGAGGAACCAGCACACGCAGAGGAGGUCGUUUACGCGGAGACAGACAACACCUUGGCCACGAGAGCAGCAAGCCCUCCAGCCGCCAACCCUACAAAAAAGGACUUGCGUUCCCCAAUCUGUUGUAUUUUGGGUCACGUCGAUACUGGUAAGACUAAGCUGCUAGAUAAAAUCAGACAAACCAACGUCCAAGGUGGUGAAGCCGGUGGUAUCACCCAACAGAUCGGUGCCACUUACUUCCCCAUGGAGGCGAUCAAGGCCAAGACACAAACCAUGGCAAAGUACGAAAAGCAAACGUUCGACGUCCCAGGUCUUUUGGUUAUCGAUACCCCAGGUCACGAAUCUUUCUCCAACUUGCGUUCGAGAGGUUCAUCUCUUUGUAACAUCGCUAUUUUGGUCAUUGAUAUCAUGCAUGGUCUAGAACAGCAAACAAUCGAAUCCAUUAAGUUACUGAGGGAUAGAAAGGCGCCCUUCAUCGUUGCGUUGAACAAGAUCGACAGACUGUAUGACUGGGAAUCCAUUCCAAACAACUCUUUCAGAGACUCGUUCGAAAAGCAAACUAGAGCCGUUAAGGACGAAUUCCAGACCAGAUACAGCAACAUCCAACUGCAGUUGGCUGAACAGGGGUUGAACUCUGAGCUGUACUUCAACAACAAGAACAUGUCCAAAUACGUCUCCAUUGUCCCCACAUCUGCCGUCACCGGUGAGGGUGUACCCGAUUUGCUGUGGUUGCUACUGGAGUUGACUCAAAAGAGAAUGUCCAAGCAAUUGAUGUACUUGUCCCACGUCGAAGCUACUGUCUUGGAAGUCAAAGUCGUCGAAGGUUUCGGUACGACAAUUGAUGUCAUUCUAUCCAACGGUUAUCUAAGGGAGGGUGACAGAAUUGUUUUGUGUGGUAUGAACGGUCCUAUUGUGACCAACAUCAGAGCGCUGUUGACCCCUCAACCGCUAAGAGAACUGCGUUUGAAAUCUGAAUACGUCCACCACAAGGAGGUCAAGGCAGCUCUGGGUGUCAAGAUCGCCGCUAACGAUCUAGAAAAGGCAGUCUCCGGUUCUAGACUACUAGUCGUUGGUCCAGAGGAUGACGAGGAUGAACUUAUGGAUGACGUUAUGGAUGAUUUGACUGGUCUUCUUGACUUGGUCGACUCAUCUGGUAGAGGUGUUGUCGUCCAGGCCUCAACUCUGGGUUCUCUGGAGGCGUUGCUGGACUUCUUGAAGGACAUGAAGAUUCCUGUCAUGUCUAUUGGGUUGGGUCCCGUGUACAAGCGUGAUGUGAUGAAAGCCAGUGCCAUGUUAGAAAAGGCUCCAGAAUACGCGGUCAUGCUGUGUUUCGAUGUUAAAAUUGACAAGGAGGCAGAACAGUACGCAGAACAAGAAGGUGUCAAGAUCUUCAACGCUGAUAUUAUCUACCAUUUGUUCGAUGCCUUCACGGCUUACCAAGAACAACUGUUGGAACAACGUCGUAAAGAUUUCCUAGAAUACGCCAUCUUCCCAUGUGUCUUACAGACUUUACAGAUCAUCAACAAGCGUGGGCCUAUGAUUAUCGGUGUAGAUGUCAUCGAUGGUACCGUGCGUGUGGGAACACCAAUCUGUGCAGUUAGAGUGGACCCUACCACCAAGGAAAGACACAUUUUAGGCUUGGGUAAGGUUGCCUCUUUGGAAAUCAACCAUCAAACCGUCCCUGAGGUGAAGAAGGGUCAAACAGCUGCCGGUGUCGCCGUCCGUCUGGAGGAUCCUUCUGGCCAACAGCCUAUUUGGGGCCGUCACGUCGAUGAAACCGAUACAUUAUACUCUAUGAUCUCGAGAAGAUCCAUAGAUACGCUGAAGGACCAAGCUUUCAGAGACCAAGUAUCAAGACCGGACUGGAUCUUGAUCAAGAAAUUGAAAACUGUCUUCGGCAUCGAAUGA